UUCCCAAAGCAGAACUGGUCCUUAGAACGCAUUUGCUCUUAGAGGGUCUCCUGACGGAAGUUUACUAAAUUGCGUCCAUGGCACCGGAACGUUAGGCUCGGCGUUGUGCCGGCGGUACAAAUACAAAUGGGUCGGCUAGGACGCGGGCUUCACACACCAGAGGGUCCGACCGCAGCACUCGAGGUGGGCUGGGUUUGCCCUCAACAAAAAUGGCGCGGACCCGUCCCGUCGGUUAGAGAUCCCAUGCUCGUGAGCCUGGCCGAGAGUCGAUGUGACUUCAGCCGCAAAGCGGAUGUUAUUAUCAUUCACUUCCGGGUGAGACCCGCCGGGCGCCAUCUUGUCUCGUUCAUGAAGAAGUAGAAGCCUCGAAAAGGUUGGGAGAGAAUUACGGGAACGGUGGCGACCGCGGGAUUCCGGAAGCGGAGCGGGAACUUAAAGGAUGUGGGAUCAAGGAGGACAGCCGUGGCAGCAAUGGCCCUUGAACCAGCAACAGUGGAUGCAGUCAUUUCAGCACCAGCAAGAUCCAAGCCAGAUUGACUGGGCUGCUUUGGCCCAGGCUUGGAUUGCACAAAGAGAAGCUUCAGGACAACAGAGCAUCGUAGAACAACCUCCAGGAAUGAUGCCAAAUGGGCAGGAUAUGUCUGCAAUGGAGUCUGGUCCAAAUAAUCAUGGGAAUUUUCAAGGGGAUUCAAAUUUUAACAGAAUGUGGCAACCAGAAUGGGGAAUGCAUCAGCAGCCCCCACACCCCCCUCCAGAGCAGCCAUGGAUGCCACCAGCACCAGGCCCAAUGGACAUUGUUCCUCCUUCUGAAGACAGCAACAGUCAGGACAGUGGGGAGUUUGCCCCUGACAACAGGCAUAUAUUUAACCAGAACAAUCACAACUUUGGUGGACCACCUGAUAAUUUUGCAGUGGGGCCGGUGAACCAGUUUGACUAUCAGCAUGGGGCUGCUUUUGGUCCACCACAAGGUGGAUUUCAUCCUCCUUAUUGGCAACCAGGACCUCCAGGACCUCCAACACCUACACAGAAUCGACGAGAGCGGCCACCAUCGUUCAGGGACCGACAGCGUUCACCUAUUGCACUUCCAGUGAAGCAGGAGCCUCCACAAAUUGAUGCAGUAAAACGCAGGACUCUUCCAGCCUGGAUUCGUGAAGGCCUUGAGAAGAUGGAACGUGAAAAGCAGAAGAAGUUAGAGAAAGAAAGAAUGGAACAGCAGCGUUCACAGUUGUCAAAAAAAGAAAAGAAGGCCACGGAAGAUGCUGAAGGAGGGGAUGGUCCUCGCUUACCCCAAAGAAGUAAAUUUGAUAGUGAUGAAGAGGAUGAAGAUGCUGAAAACCUGGAGGCUGUGAGCAGUGGGAAAGUCACUAGAAGUCCAUCUCCAGCUCCCCAAGAAGAGCACAGUGAACCGGAGAUGACGGAAGAGGAGAAAGAGUACCAAAUGAUGUUGCUGACAAAAAUGCUUCUAACUGAAAUUCUUCUGGAUGUCACAGAUGAAGAAAUUUAUUAUAUAGCUAAAGAUGCGCAUCGGAAAGCAACGAAAGCUCCUGCAAAACAGCUGGCACAGUCCAGUGCACUGGCCUCCCUCACUGGCCUCGGUGGACUGGGUGGUUAUGGAUCAGGAGACAGUGAAGAUGAGAGGAGUGACAGAGGUUCUGAGUCAUCUGAUACUGAUGAUGAAGAGUUACGGCACCGAAUCCGGCAAAAACAAGAAGCUUUUUGGAGAAAAGAGAAAGAACAGCAGCUAUUACAAGAUAAACAGAUGGAAGAAGAAAAGCAACAAACAGAAAGGGUUACAAAAGAGAUGAAUGAAUUUAUUCACAGAGAGCAAAAUAGUUUAUCACUUCUAGAAGCAAGUGAAGCAGACGGUGAUGCGGUCAAUGAAAAGAAAAGAACUCCAAGUGAAGCUCCGUCAGUGUUAGAGCCCAAAAGAGAGCAUAAAGGGAAGGAGAAGGAGCGGGGGAGUAGGUCAGGCAGCUCCAGUAGUGGCAGCUCCAGUAGUGGCAGCAGGACGAGCAGCAGUAGCAGCUCCGUCUCCAGUUCUUCCUACAGCUCCAGCUCAGGCAGCAGCUGCACGUCCUCUCGCUCCUCCUCUCCUAAGAGGAGAAAGAGACAUAGUAGGAGCAGGUCCCCCCCAGUGAAAGCUAGGCGGAGCAGGAGCAGGAGCUACUCUCGCAGAAUGAAAAUGGACAGCAGCAGCAGGACGAGGGUGAAGCCGAGAGAUAGGAGGAGGUCUAAUAGAAGUAGCAUUGAAAGAGAAAGACGAAGAAACCGGAGCCCUUCCAGAGACAGACGUAGAAGCAGAAGUCGCUCAAGGGAUAGACGAACCAAUCGUUCCAGUCGCAGUAGGAGUCGAGAUAGGCGUAAAAUUGAGGAUCCACGUGGAAAUCUUAGUGGGAACAGUCAUAAGCAUAAAGGUGAGGCUAAAGAACAAGACAGGAAAAAGGAGAGGAGUCGAAGUGUAGAUAAAGACAGGAGAAAGAAAGACAAGGAAAGGGACCGUGAACAGGAUAAAAGAAAAGAAAAACAGAGAAGGGAGGAAAAAGAUUUUAAAUUCAGCAGUCAGGAUGAUCGGUUAAAAAGGAAGCGAGAAAGUGAGAGGACUUUCUGUAGGAGUGGUUCUAUAUCUGUUAAAGUCAUAAGACAUGACUCUAGACAGGAUAGCAAGAAAAAUGCUACCAAAGACAGUAAAAAGCAUUCAGGUUCUGAUUCUAGUGGAAGGAGCAGUUCUGAAUCCCCCGGAAGUAGCAAAGAAAAGAAGGCUAAGAAGCCUAAACAUAGUCGAUCGCGCUCCCUGGAGAAAUCUCAAAGGUCUGGUAAGAAGGCAAGCCGCAAACACAAGUCUAAGUCCCGAUCAAGAUCAACAACCCCGCCCCGUCGUAAGCGCUGAGGAAUGAUGUGGCAAGAAUGCCAUGAUGCAGUUUUUAAAAAUUCCAUGAGUUUAAGGGCUUGUCUCAUUAUAGAGGCACAUUGUGGCUGUGUAGGUGAAACCAGAUUUCUUUUUUUUUAAUUGUGUAAAUAGGUGUCUUUUUCCAAAUGCUGCUCCAAGUUACUUAAUAGGAUUUCUUUGUAUUACAUUUUUUUCAAGAAAUAGUACUUAAUAAGACUAUAAAUAUGCCAUUCUCUUUCAGCUGUAAUGUUCUCAAAAUAUUCUUGAAUGUACUGUGAUGUCAAUAAAACUCUUCAGUUCAUUUUUGUUAAACUCUUGCACCUUAAUUUUAUGAUUUUAAUCUAAGGAACGUACUUUUAUAAAAGGCAGCUGAAGUUUUGUAUAACAGGUUUUAAAAGUUACUCCCAUCUUCUCCAAGAAUAGUUUGUCAAAGUUUGUAAAUUGUGCCCAUGGACUUUUGUCAAAUUCCAAUUUUAAGGGUGCGGGAAAGGGCCAGAAAAUGACCUUACUUUUCUUUGAAGCCAUCUGAUCAGCUUUCUAAACUCUUUGGGGGGGGGGUGUUCAAGUAAUUUAUUCUCUGUAUGAAAUGUUAUUCACGCCUGUAAAAUGAAAUUGCUGGAAACAAUCAGGCCAUUACACCAGUAGAGUUAUUUGUAAUGACUAUUCGACACUAAUAGUCUGGAACUAUAUAGUCACUCCUGUUUUACAUGCAUAACACCUUGGGGUUACCCAUUACCAAGAAAUAGGAUGUAGGAUUCAAUAUAUUUUAAAAAUAUAAUACGACCUCAGCUUAAUGGUGGAAUAUUGUGUUAUGCAGGAUUGUGUCAAUUGCAUAACAUUAAAAUGGUCUGAUUUUCUCAGUUUCCAAAACCCAUGACCAGUGAAAGGUCUAGAGUGAGUCCCAGCUUGAUGAGUAGUAGGCAUUUCGCCAAGUGUUCAGCUGCUUCAGGUCUGAGUUUUUAAGAUGAUACACUUAACACAGUGAUAGUUGAUCUCUGGAAACAGUGCUUUUCAUAUUGUAACUGAAAGAGAAGCACAAGUGCAGAACACAGAAGGCAAAGUAUUAUGCUUUCUUACCAGCAAUAGUUCAUUUGAAAAUAAUGCCAGGUUUUUGCCAAGAUCAGUGUUUCCUCGAAAUGAAGACAGAAAUAGAUUUGUUUGUGCAUUCUUGUACCUCGGCAUAGCAUCUUAAUUUUGAGCAGUUACGCAUUUAUCUAAAGGAAAUAAAUCUGUGAAUAAAUGCAUGUUUACCAAAAUGGCUGUUUACAGUGCAUUUAGUUACACUAUUUAUAAAGUUGCCAUUUCACAGAAUAAGUAGUUUGGAGUUCUAUACAAUUUAGUCAUCAGUAAUAUCUGGAGACAAAAUGUGCAAUAUUUUUUAUGUAGGUGAGCUAACAGUGUAUCUAAUUGAAGAAUUCUGAUUAAUUUGUAAUAGAUAAGUUGUAUAAAUUUUUCAUACCUUAAAGUGUUUUAGAUUACUCUUCAAGUGAAGUAUUAUUUUCAAAAUAAAAUUCUACUGAAAAAUUC